AUGUUUCUGGAUCGUCUACGUACUGCGCAGCCCAACAGCGCGUACGUGAUGGAGUCCUUCGACGUUACCGCCCUUUAUACAAACGUGUCGAAUGACUCCGCAAUGCAAGCCAUAUUCGAACUCCUUACACAACACGAAGGAGAAAUAAACAUAUGGUCUGGAAAGUACUACGCUCAAAUAAGAGGGUUGGCGAUGGGACAACGACUGGCUCCAAGCCUUGCCAUUGCAUUGAUGUCUAAGGUGGAAGCACCGGUGACUGAACUCGGGCCGCUACUCUACUGUAGUUCUGGAAGCGAUGAUUUCGUUGAAGGCAUUCUUUGCGUCAUCGUGAUUGGUGAAGCAUUUCUCGCGCAGAAAAUCGUAAAGCUGCUUGAAGAUGUGAUAGCUGAUAGGCGUGAAAUCUGA